AUGCUGUUGGCGAUCACGUGCGACAACCUUAAGCUGCUGGAUCGACUUCUGGAAUUCGAGGAGAUCAAUGGCAAAGCCAAAAUUCAUGGCAGAGCCAGUGGGUGGAAAAAGAUAGAGUCGAAUACCUUUGGCCCUUCUGACGACUACGAUUCGGAAGAGUUCCCACAAUUUAUGACGCCACUGUUGUUGGCYACACAAUGCGGUCUGUAUGAGACGGUAGAAUAUUUGCUGAACCACGGCCACACGCUGGACAGACCGCACCCACCGCGAUGCACUUGUGAUGAACGGUGCGCAGCCGCGGCCAAGCGUGGUGAGGUGGUUACCGAUAGCUGUGAACGGUUAAAUGCGUACUGGGCUAUCAGCAAUCCGACGUUUAUAUGCACCACGUCCACCAGCGCCGAUCCAGUACUCAGAUGCUUCCAGUUGCGUGACGAACUGAUGAGGUGUGGAUCCGAAGAACUUGUGUACAAGGCCACCUACACGUCAAUGGCCGAACAGGUAACACAAUUUGCGGUUGAUAUGAUAGUGAAUUGUAGGACGUCAGAGGAAGUGAAGAUAAUGUUGCGAAAUCGAGACGGAUGCAAGUUUAGAGGAGAGUUUCCGUAUCCUAGGUUGAUAACGGCUAUGGACUAUAAGCAAAAGAAGUUCGUGGCGCAUACCAAUAUCCAACAUGUGUUGGAGACGGCGUGGCUGGGUGAUUGGAUCGAGUGGAAGUCCUACUCGGUGCUGUGGAAGUUGGCAUACCUCCUAAUGAGGUUCUUCAUGCUACCUGUCAUGGUGGUGCUUGGCAUGUUGGCACCCAAUUCGAAGUGGAACCAGGUCAAUCGGUUGCCGAUCAACCGGAUGUUUAACAGCCUGGUCGUGUAUUUGGUGUUUCUGGUAUUGCUGUUCGUGCAUUCGAACGCUGACAAGUUCAUGGCACGAAGGGGUGUGCAAGAGUUAAGCACUUGGUUGCUGAUCGCCGUGUUUUUACUUGGCCACGGGGUUGAGAAGAUAAAGCUUCGGAUGCAGCAGGGCCCGGAGAGAUUCUUCAGAAACUUAUGGAACGUGUUCGACACGGUAAAACUAACACUCUUCACGCUGGCGUUCCUGUGCUGGGCGGUGGAGAGCGCUCUAGCCUUGGCCGGCUAUAUGUCUGACGACUUGGACCGAAAAUACUGGCACUGGGCUGACCCGCAAUUGGUAGCUGAGGCUCUAUUCGCCGUGGCCACCGUUAUGGCUUACAUGCGUCUGCUGUUCCUGUGCCAGCUCAACUGUGACAUUGGACCAAUGCAGGUGUCUCUAGGAAAGGUGCUGUACGACUUCGCGAAGUUCACCACGUUCCUGGUCAUCAUUAUGGCGGCGUUCACGUGCGGUCUAGGUACAUACUACGCUUAUUAUGCAGGCAUGACGCAUAGGGACCGUGAUACWGGUGAGAUGGUCCGGCAGGAGGACUCGUUUAUCGCCGUCAGCGACACGUUUAAGACGCUGUUCUGGGGUAUAUUCUGCAUGACUUCGCUAGACGCGCCCAACGUGGUGGUUGAUAACAUGGUGGUCGCCACCGGUGGCGUGGAUACAGCUGUCCAGCCACAUCACUUCACCCAGCUAGUGGGUUACGGACUGUUUGCUGUGUUCGAGGUACUCAUGGUCAUCGUCAUGAUGAACAUGUUGGUCGCCGCCAUGUCAGACACAUUUCAGCGGGUGGCUGACAACGCUGAAUAUGAGUGGCUUUUUGGCCGAACCCAGGUGUACGUCAGCUAUAUGUUGCUGGAUGACAUGCCACCACCAUUCAACCUGUUGCCCACAGCCAGCUGGCUGCAACUUGUCGCUAAGCGGUGGGGCGAUGGAUAUAGCCACUUGCCAGAUGACAAUAGUAAGAGCGGCCACGACGUAGACGACAACCGGAUGAAGCAGGAUGCCGCUGAGUUCCAGGAGCUCAUGACCGUUAUCAUCAAACGGCGAUCACUUGAUGAAGGCAUCUUUCCACAAAUUUUAAAGCUGGGAUCAAUCACGCCAAUUUUAAAGUCCGGAUGUCCGUCUGUUAUUUCCAACUACAGGCUCCUCUCAAUUUUAUCGCAUAUAGCCAAAAUUGUUGAAUCUUUGGUCCAAAUAGAGGUUCAAAGAUCGUUCAACAAUAUUAUCACGGAUGAGCAACAGGGGUUCGCCCUGGCCUUUCUACCACCACCAACAGUCUAA